GCAAUAUGAUUAUAACCGUAUUACAGUUAGGAUUCUUUUUCGGAUUGUUUGCAUCAUCACCAACAUUAUUGAAAGCAUUUCAACUUAGAGAUUAUGACCGUACAUUAUCAAUGGCAAGAAAAUAUUGUAUAAAAUUAACACAAAUGAUGAUCAAUGAAGGAAAAAUUGAUCCGAACAUGGCAAAAACAUUUGUAAUGGAUCGAAAAAUAUACAAUUUUCUCAAAUGGUUUGUGUUGGAACAUAGUCGUAUCUGUGUGGUCACAAUGAAUGCUUGGCGCGGUCAAAUUAACAGAAGUUUUCUUAUUUAUUUCAUUAUCGGUAUUCCAUGGAAUGUUCUUUGUGUUUCAACAUUGAUCAUGAAUAAUACGUUAUCGGGAUUUGAUAGAUUUUUUAUAUAUACACUGACAAUCAUUCAUAGUGGAAUUACAAUUUUAUUAAUGGAAGCAUUGGCUCUUCAAAGUAAUUCUUUACAUCGUCCUGCAAAACAUUUAGUACCGAUUAUACAGGGAAUCCCGGGAAAAAUUUCUAUUUGCACAAAGGCAAAAUAUGAAGAUCUUUAUGCCCGUCUUAUGCAUGGUCCAAGAUAUGGACCAAGAUUGGCUAUGAUUGGUGCCGUUACACAUUUGAUCAUUUUUAAUAUGAUUGGAAUGUAUACUGGUUGUUUUAUAUUCGUAUUAAGUCAUAUUCAUUAUGAAUAACAAAUCAACCCGAAAUGAUUGAAUCAAUAAAAAUAUCAAUCAAGCAUACUG